CAACUCUUCCACACUCGUUUAACCCAACUGCGCUCUUGCGCAUCGCCCAACACACCCCCAGUGGUCAUCGGGUGUGACCGAAACACACCAUGACUUCUCCCACCUCCCAGGCGCCGCUGCCGUCGUCGGCAGUCUCCCCCGCUGCGACCAUUCGCCCUCGCAACCUCGGCGAUCCGGAGCAGCAGGCUGCUUCGACGUCGUCGGCUAGCAACGAGCCGCCUACCCCAACACAGCAGCAGCAGCACCGUGGUUCGACCGGCAGUGCCUGGAGCCCAGGAAGCCUGCCCACAACCCCGCUGUCGCCAUACUCCGCCGGCGUCGGCAUCCCCGGCCGGUCUGGAUCUGUGGCAUCGACCGAUGACGACUACGCUACUCCGCGCAACACAAGCUACUUCCCUACCGAGUCACGCCGCGUGAGCGAGGUCCGGGGAACGACACCUCGUGGACAGCAAGGCAGCACCGGCAGAGUUCCGUCACCCGGUAUCUCUGCGCACACCGGGUCGAGCAGCUUCGGGAGAUCGUCCCGCCCUCGCGCUGCCCUCGGCUCCACGGCCGAAGGUGCAGAGCAUCGCCCCUCGAUCUCCCGUUCCGCUUCUCGUGUGCGUCUCCCCAUUCCUCAGAAAAAGGAGGCAAAGGAUGGUUACGCCGAGGACGACGAAGAUGAUGAGGCGCACAUUGUCGACCGCGGAGAGGACCUGAUCCGUCGCCGUCUCAAGGAGCGCAAGCGCGCUAAAAAGGAGAAGGAGCGCGAGCGUGAGCGCCGUCUCGCUGCUGAGGAGCUUGAAGCUCCAGAGGGCGAGGAGGAGGUGCCCAGUCAGCCUACUUCGGCAGCGACUGAGUCAUUCCACACGGCGCCGAUCCGUGCUGCGGCGCUGAGCCCGGCAAGAGACCCUCGACAGCGCACCGUGUCGAGAACCCGGUACCCGAGCGGCCGCCACUACUCGGCUCCAGGUCGCGCCCGCUCUGAGAGUGUCGACGAGGUCUCUCAGCGUGACCUCGCCGACUCUAUCCAGUCGAUCGUCGACGAGGACGAGAUUGACGAGCAGGUCCCCCCUCCGAUCGAGGAGGACGAGGACGAGGAUGAGAUUCACGAGGAUGGCACGGUCGACGAGGAGGAGGGUGACGAGCAUGACGAAGAAGAUGACGACAGCCCUGGUGAUGAAGAAGGUGUCACGCUCAAGGAUCGUCAGGAUGCCAUCAACAUUGAGCACCCCUUCGGUCUGCCCAUUUGGAAGCCCGCGCUGUACCGCAAGUCGCGUUCCGUUACGCGCAAUGCCGAGUCUGCCCUUCACUCGAUUCCAUCCGCUGCAGCUGAGCGUCACCUGCUCCUCGGUAACCUUCUCUGGACCGUGCUGUUUGGUUGGUGGCUGGGCCUCAUUUUCGCUGUCGUUGCUUUCAUCGUCAGCAUCGCGGAGUUCCUGGCUGGUGGUCGUGGCGGGUACGCCGAGACGCUCCGCGGCUUGGCCUGGUACAUUACUUGGCCCUUUGGCAAGUAUGUCGAGGGCGAGGGUGCUCCUCCAGAGCUUGUCGACGACGAUAAGGACGACACUACUCAUCACGACGAGGAGAACAACAACAACUAUGGCACUAUCGCCCCGACUCCCCAGCGCACGCUUACUACCUCGACGUCGUCAUCGACCACUAUUAAGCCCCUCAGCGUCACUGGGUUAUCCAACCUCCCUGAUGAGCCUGCCGGAUCGUCUCGCCGUGAGACCCGCCACGCGGCCGUUUCGUUUGCGCCAGGCGUCAAGUCACCGACUCCGUCCCCGGUGCCCGAGGAGGCCCCUCUCCUCAAAGGUCCAGGCUGCUUCCGCAAGCACUUGAACCGCCGUGCCAAGUUUAUCGGCUCGCUUCUCUACUGGCCCUUGUUCCUCUUUGUUGUUGGACCGCUCAUGCUUAUCGUGUGCUUGAUCUGCUGGUCCCUUGUCAUCACGAUUCCCAUGGCCAAGCUCACCUGGGAGCUGCUCAACCUUCUGUGGAACCGGCCCUUGGAGAUUAACUUCCGUGCUGCGCCAAAGGUUGCUGUCCCAACCGAGGUCCCCGGCGACCAGAGCGAUGGCCGGUCGUCGAGCACGUCCACCGACUCACCCAGCGUCGUCCUCAAGCGCCAGCGCCUCCAUGCCGGCCAAAUCGCCCCCACCUCUGGACCCACGUCCACUGUUCUGCUCUGCACCUACCGCGCCGUCGGCCUCCAGUACUACAAGUAUACGGUCGGCGGAGUCAACAUCAUGUUCAUCAACCUUCUCCCGCUGGUUUUCUUUACGAUCAUUGACGGCAUCAUCAUUCUCCCUGCUGUGGAGAAACGGCACGAGAACGGUCAACCAGUCUCCCCCUUCUUCAACCUCAUUGCAUCGCAAGCACUCAUCUUUGUUCUCGGCCUCGCAAGUGUCAUUCCCCUGUCCUACUUUAUCGGCAUGGCUGUCGCCUCCAUCUCGGCACAGAGUUCUAUCGGCAUGGGUGCUGUCAUCAAUGCCACGUUCGGUUCGAUCAUCGAAAUUGUGCUCUACGGAAUUGCUCUGACCCAGGGCAAGGGCCGACUCGUCGAGGGAUCCAUUGUCGGCUCCAUUCUCGCUGGUGUGCUCUUGAUGCCUGGUGCCAGUAUGUGCUCUGGUGCAUUCAAGCGCAAGGAGCAAAAGUUCAACGCCAAGAGUGCUGGUGUGACGUCCACCAUGCUCAUCAUGGCCAUCAUUGGAACCCUCACCCCCACCAUGUUCUACCAGACGUACGGCUCCUUCCAGCUUCACUGCGAGGGCUGCCCCCCUCCUGGUGAGGGAGGACCGCUCACUCCAGAGGAGGUCUGGAACUGCAACCACUGCUACUAUGAGCACCCGGACCCCGUGACCGACCCCUUCUACCAAGACCAGGUCAAGCAGCUCAUGUACGCCUGUGCUGCUAUUCUGCUUCUCUCGUACCUGAUCGGCCUGUGGUUCUCGCUCCGCACGCACGCGUCGCAGAUCUGGCAGAACCCGCAAAAGGUGAUGGUCAAGGAGGAUCUCCCCGUUGCUCAACGCGCUGCUAUCGCCCGCAUCACCCCCGCGGCACUGAACAACCCCAUUUUGCCCUUGCACAACAACCGCCCCGGAUCUAUCAGAGACGGACAGACGCCUCGCAGAGGGCAGAGUCCUCGCCGCACGUCGGGAGGCUCUCCACUCAACUCGCGCAGAGAGCUUGGCACACCCGGGCAAGCGGAGACUCAAGUUGGCCCGCACACGGGCUACACGCCGUUCCUCGAGUCACUCGAGCGCGGAAAGCCGCCUAACAUCGAUUCUCUCCCACCGACACUUACUAGCGAAGAUUUCCGCCGCGCCGUCCACACGCUUGCCACUGUGAGCGCUUUACACCAGCAGCAACGCAAGGAGCAGCACCACCAGCAGCAGGUUGUGGCAGAGGAGGAAGAGGAGGAGCACGGCGGCCACGAGGCGCCGAGCUGGACGCGUGGUGUCAGUGCUGCCGUCCUGCUCGGUUGCACGGUGCUGUACGCCAUCAUUGCCGAGGUCCUUGUCGACGUCGUCGACGUCGUCCUCAAGGGCAGUGGCAUCGAUGAGAAGUUCCUCGGCCUCACACUCUUCGCCCUCGUCCCCAACACGACCGAGUUUAUGAACGCCAUGUCGUUUGCGAUGAACGGCAACAUUGCUCUGAGUAUGGAGAUUGGUUCAGCGUACGCCCUCCAGGUGUGCCUGCUCCAGAUUCCUGCCAUGGUGUUGUUCAGCGCGUUGUACAACCCCACCAAGCUGGGCGACCAGGUUGACACCUUUACUCUCAUCUUCCCUCGCUGGGACGUCAUUGCCAUCAUUCUCUCCAUUUUCCUCCUCACCUACACCUACAUUGAAGCGCGCAGCAACUACCACCGUGGCUCGAUCCUGAUCCUGGCGUACAUUGUCCUCGUGCUUGGCUUCUACUAUGCGCCGAACCCAACCGAGAACCACUCGGAGACGGGUGUCGUCGUCGGACCCGACAUGGUGUCGAACGUCGUGUCGUCGCUCUCUCUCAGCAUGACCAAGUUGUGGACAUGAACCGCAGCAACAACAACAACCUGAUUCAUCCCUGUUUAAUGAUGUCAUUUGCAUCGAAAUGUGAAGUUGUGUGUGUCGAAAUGUGGGCCAAGAGGUCGCUGGGGG